UUAUUGCAAUGGGUAAAAAAAAGAAGUAGUUUUUGAAGACUAAUUCUUCUGUAUUUUGGAUUUGCUUAGAAACCAAGUUCACUAUAUUUGGAAAUCCGAUUCAAUUUCGACAUAAAGCUUGUGAUUCAUUAGUAACUCAAAAUGGGAAUUUGUUUCUCGGGCAAACCUGUUCCUCCAGGAUCCUUGCCUCCUCAAGGUGCCACAGGUGGCAUGAGGUCUCCCGAAGCGUCCGAAUCCAACAUCAGUAAAGUCUCCGCUGGAUCGAGUUCCGGGCCUCCAAAAUCUCCUCAAGGUGCCACAGGAGGCACGAAGUCUCCCGAUACGUCCGGUGUAGCCUUUGCUGGACCGGCUGGCUUUGAUAAUGAGGAUCCGCGAAUCACAGGACCUUAUCAAAUGCCACAAUAUUUCCAAAAUACUAGUUCAGGAAUGUUUAAGUGCGAGGUCGACUUACGUACAAACAAGAGCAUCGCACAGGCUUUUAUGAAGGAACCAACACCGGAACCGGAGAACGAGAGGUACACGGAUAAGGGAUUUACAUUGGAUGUUGCCUAUCCAGAGCACAAACGGAAUGUUAAUUGGCAAAGACCUCGGGAAAUUUAUUAUAAUCCCGAUCUGUAUACACAUAAUAAAGCCAAAUAUGCCUGUGGUCCGACUCAAGAUAGAACGAAUAAAGUCAUGUCCGUAAUUGCUGCCCUAUCAGAAUUUAAUGAAAACCAGAUUUACAAGGUUUUGCAAUAUGGUAGCUGGGAUGCUAGAAAGGGAAUUGUGACGUGCAAGUUUUACGUACUUGGACAUUGGCAUUAUGUGUACUGUGAUGAUUUCCUCCCGGUAGUGAACGGCUCUACGAUUUGGGGGUCACUGCAAGACGACGUGUGGGUCCCAUUGUUGGUAAAAUGCUUCGCAAGGUUGAAUGGUUCUUACGAUGCCAUAAAGAAUGGACAAUUUGGUGAUAUAUACUAUACUAUGACCGGAGGCGUGGUUGAGCGGCUGGACCAUGACAGAAACUCAAUACCUGAAAAGAGAAUAUUCCAACGCAUCUCCGGUGCCCUAGCGUCUGAUGCGUUGGUCUUGUGUUGUGUUCCAAAUGACCAAAAUGGAUUGCAAGGAAAACAUUCAUACAGAGUAACUGGCGCUGGAUGUGUCUCAAAACAAGGGGAAGAUGUUUAUCUAGUUAGACUGAGAAGUUGCCUAGGUGGACAUGGAGAUGCGUCCUGGAAAGGUUCAUGGAGUCCUGGAAGUAACGAAUGGAAAGAAGUAUCGCAUUCGACAUUGGGGCGGGUAAACCCCGCAAAGAACGAAUUUUGAAUGAGCUUUCAUGACUUCUUGCUGUAUACCAAAAACCAAACAAUUUGUAGCCCCUCGCAUCACAUGGACACGGAUGGUGGUGAUCAGUUAUCGCAUGUUGCAAAUAUCUAUGGGCAGUGGAAGGAAGGACAGAGGAAAGGUCCGAAAAUUACCUUCAAAUUGAAAGCUCUGGGGAAAGAAACAGGUUGGUUACCACUGUACAUACAGCUCGUUAAGGAAAUCUCACUACCGGAUCACCGAAAAGUUGCCAUUAAAUUUGAAUUGCAUAAGUUCAUGGAUUUCAGUGGCUGAGACGUAGAACAUUUGGAUAUCUCUCAAAUACCAGAUGACCAGAUGAUUCGGAACAAGGGUUCAUCUUAGAAGUGAAUCUUAACUAUCCCCAAGAGCUUCACGGUCUGUAUAAUGAUUACCCAUUGACUCCAGAGAAAAUGAAGGUGACUGAAGAAAUGCUGUCACCCUAUGCCAGACACCUAUUGGAAAAACUGAACUUGAAAGGUAUAGCCACCGAAACAUUGGUACCGAAUUUGUGGCCAAAAGAAAAAAUUAUUUCAUAUGACAAAACAAAAUUACGAUCGAUGGCCAAAGACAACGUGAAAAUGCGGGAAAAGGCCGAUCACGUGAUUUCCUGCUGGGUUGAGGACAGCAUAAAGUGAAACCAGGUAAACCAGUGAUGUGUUUUUAGGGAAUUGCGCUUACGGAAAAUUUUCGGGGAACAUUUUCAAUCUAUUUUAACUGGUUCCCAAAGUGGUCAUUCGGUUUAACGUGUUCCUGGCUUCCACUACAUCCUAUCCUACGACAUUACCAGAACGAUGGGAGUGAGGACAUGAGUAACGAACAUUCAAUCUCCAAAUGCACAAGAGUUCACAAAUAUAAUAUUAUAAUUGAAACAAAUUUAAUAUUUACGAUUUGCAAACUAUUGUUUGGUAUAUGUGGAAUAAUUAAUACAUAUUUAAAAAGUACAGAUGUUAUUACUUAACAUUUAUUUCCUAUUGUUUCAUAAAUACAUAUUUUAUAUUAAUAACAAAAAAAUAACCUUCUUGUACCACUUCCUAGAUCAUUUGGAGGAAGAAGAUACAUUUUGUACAUCUUACUCUAUCCUGUUUUAGGAAUCGAUCUUAAAUUCUAAAGAUAUACAUUUAAUAGAAAGUAAAUUAAGUAUAUAUGUUGAUUGCCAACAUAAUUUGUAUAUAUCCCAACCCUAACCUCACCGAGGAACAGAUAUCAACUCAAUAAGUCAAUGCCUCGUUAGGAACUUUCAAAAUACCUGCAUUAUUAAAUUUGUCUUCAAUACAUGCAAUAUGUUACUUUUAUUUUAUGGUCUAUAUUUCAUGUCCGUUGUUGCCUAUUGCAGUGAAAUAAAUUUUAAUUAGUGCAAAAUUAAGUACCACAGUGAUACAGUGUACUAUAUACAACAAGUGAAAUAAUAUUUUAUUUAUUAAAUUUGUAUUUCUCACUUUUCUCCAGUGACUUUCCAAUCUAGAUCUCAUAUAAAUGGAUGGUUAGUAAUGUUGAAGCACUGAGAGAAGAACAUGUCUAUUAUCUUUAGUUGUAUAUUCAUAACUGUAUUAAAAAUAACGACAAAACAUGUUUCCUGGAUCAAAUAUGAUAGCAAUGAUAUUCAGUGAUAGUAAAAACAUGAUUGUUAAAACAGUUGUUUUUAAUAAUGGUGUUUUUCGAUGAUGUUAUUAGUAGAUUCGUGAAUAAUUAUUAUGCUGGAUCUAUAUUUGCAUAUCCACAUGUCAUCCAAGACUCAGAUUAGGAGCUAUGGCCACCAGUUGUUCAACAUCCAACUCAACAAUCUGGGUUUUCUCCAUUUUGAUGAUAAAAGAUAUCCUUUGGACGAUGAGGUAACCAGCCUCUCCUAUGGCCAUUAGAGAAUUACCCAGAAUGCUUUGCAGUAAAAACUAUAAAUAGGGGAAGUAUCAU